AGACGAUACAUCAACAUUUUAUUUUGAAACGGAGAGUUAUGCCUCAACAAGACGAACCCAUUUAUUGUUCACAGCAAAUCAACAUUCCUCCUGAAUUGCCAGACAUCCUGAAACAGUUCACCAAGGCCGCCAUUCGUACCCAACCAAAGGAUGUAUUGCAGUGGGCCUACGCGUAAGUUAAGAUAUUUAAAACGUCUAGGAAAAAAAGACAUAACGACUGACAUCUAUUUUCUCGUAGGAGAAUUGGAAAAUUAAAGUUCUAGUAGACAGUUCUAGCCUUUUCAAAGUACAGUUUACUGUGCACCAGCCAGUUAAAGUUUAUAUCGACAUGACUCGAUCAUGACAACUACUGUGGACCAAAACUUGGUACCUCAACUGCUUCCUUUGAAAGUCGAUUUACAAGUUUGAAAGUAGCAUAUAUAUUUAUUUAAGAUACUAAAUUUGUGUGGUUUUUCAUGUUUCAUGAACCUCAAUGUUGAGUAGGUGGCAAAUUAAAUAAUCUCCUGAAAGUGGCAAAAUAUUAUUUUGCUGUCUGCCAACUCAUUUUGACUAUGCUGCCUCUCUCGUCCUGCGUUGGUACUGUAAGCUACUGUAAGCCCUGGUUUAGUGCCAGGGCCCUAAAAUAAUCGACUAGAACAUGCUACCCUUUUUUGCUCCUGCAUAUGGUUAGAGGAAUUUGGGUGUGUAGGAACAUGAAGGGAGCUUUUGACCAUAUACAUGCACAUUUUAAUUUGAUUGGAUACACCUGCAAAUUUGCGCUAUAAGUAAUGAAAUUGGGCUAUUGCAUUUAAUAUCCGCACGCCCCGGUUGAGGAACCAUGGAAUUCUCCGGGGUAAGUUAUAAAAAUUGAGGAUUUCUUUAGCGGUAGAGUUAAAAAAUGUGGAAUUCUUUGGGGGUGAAGCCUUAAUUUUCACGAAAUUCUUCAGGGCUAAACCUGUAUUCUUCAGGGGUAUGACCCAAUUCUUCAGGGGUAAACCCAUAUUUUAUGGAAGUCUUCAGGGGUGGAUGCAAUUUUAGCCAAUCUUCAGGGAUAAGAAGAAAAGGUCAUUUUAUAAGUCCUCAACCAGGGGGGGAGGGCGGGUACGGACAUAAAAAUAAUGCAAUAGCCCAUUACAGUCAACUCUCUCAUGGUGACCACACUUCUCAAACACAACCACCUCCCAUAAGCAACCACUCUGUAAAUAACCAAUUUGUUUUCAGUCAAAUACUGUUUCAAAAGCUCUCUUGUAACUAAGUAACCACUUCUUAGAUAUUUUAAGGAGCCGUGGCCAGAAAUUUGACAUAUUCUUUUGUUUUCUUUUCCCAUAAGUGACCACUCAGCAUGAACACAUAUGUUUAUAAAAAAAACUUUGCUUGAAGGCUGCAAAAUUAUUCAAGUUUUUAAUAGUGCUGACCCUUCUUGCUGACAGAUUAUAGCAGUUAACUGAAGAUGGCUGUAAUAUGAUCUGUAGGUAAAUUAAGUGGAUUGUUAAAUUGAUGCAAAGUGUUAUGCACAAAGUUUCAAUAGUUCCAUGCACUACUUUAUGUGUGACUGAAUACAUUAUUGCCAGUUGUCUAUUUGCCUAAUUUUGUAAGGUAAUAACUUUAUGUAAUUACCUUAAUCAGUUUAGUUUGAGCUUAUUUUCCUGAUUAUUCCCGUAGACAACCACCUCCCGUAAGUGACUACUAAUCGUUCACCAAGGGUGGUCACUUAUAAGAGAGUUGACUGUAUUACAGAAACGAAAUAUAAAAUAAUGUAUUAUUAUUAAAGGAAGCUGGAAGGAGAAAGAUUAAUGUCUGCAAUGAAAUCACUGUUUUUGCAAUUCCACCAACCCAUAUCAAUCUAUGUAACAUCUAGUCAGGGAUUAAUUCUGAUAUGUUGCAGAAAAAAAGUCAAAUUUUGCGGGAUUUUUAGAGACAGAUUUGCCGAAAAAUCAUCUGUUUUUGCAGGAAUUUCGCAGAAAUUUUUGGGUUAACUUCACCAAAAAAAUAUCAGUAAAAAACGGCCAAUUUUGUGGAAAUUUUCUGGGCAAAUUUCGCUAGAAAUUGAUCAAUUUUGCACUAAUUUCAUGAGCGUGUUUAGUGUUUUUUAACAGAGAUAAUCAUUUGCUAUUUUAACGACAAAGCAUUUGAGAAAUGAGCCAAUGGCAAAGCUUUAAUAUCAUGAGUAGUGCCCAGUUUUUCGCAACAGAAUUUACACCUGGUAUUUUUUGGACAUGGUUUGCUUGUUGUGGUGAUGAAGUUUCAAGAUAAAUUUAUUUGCAAGUUUACGGCAACUAAACAGUCCCAAUAGCCGAGAUGAGUUUUAAAUAUGUUGUAUUGACAUGUAUUAGUCAAGAUAAGAUUUCUUGCGAAUUUCACGGUAUUUAGCGUGUUUUUGUGAAUUUUGUGGGAUGUCACGGAUUUACCUGAAUUUCAUGACUCCGGGACCAUGCGAAAUAUCAGAAGCCCUGCCUAGUUGUCACAAAAAGUAAAAAUGACCAAUCAACCCAAGAAUUGUGAACAGAUCACCUCUUGCUGAAAAUAUUUGAAAAUAAAUUUUAUUCAGGUGGAGGCUUUACUCUGUAAACAUGCAUCUUGUAACUAAGAGCAGUAGCACAGUAGCACAGUAGAUAAAGUGCCCAACCAGUGUCCAGUAGAAUAGAGGUUUGAAUGUUGUUGCGGACUAAUUAUUAUUUCCCUGUCUUUUUUUAUUCACAUGGUAUUCAAUGCUUUACAAUUUGUAGGUACUUUGAUGCACUUUCCAAAGGUGAGACACCCCCUGUGAAGGAUCGUCUUGAGUUUCAGUUAGGACAGCCCUUGGAAAAACCAUUAACGCAGGGGCUACUGGCAGUUUUACACAAACAGGUAUUUUCUGUUGCUCUCUUUUUCAUUCAAUUUACAACAACAAUUAAUGUCUUGACAGCAAUGACAAACAAAAUCUUAGUCAGAGUCUUGAGGUGUGACAAGCAUCCCGUGCUAUUUUGAGGCCACCAUAGGAAAGUGUUUGUCCUGGCUGAUUCUCUUUCUUACCCAAUUACUUAUCAAGUCAUUAAUUUAUUAUAAUAUUUUUUCAAGACACGGGUGAUAACGAAAUUGUAAAUCCAAGAUUCACAGAAAAAUAUCUACAAAACACUUGUUUGAAAAUCUUAGACAGCUGUGUGGUGUAAAAAAGAAACCUCAAGACAGAAAAACCAUGUAAUUAAGGAAGAGUUGAUGAAUUGUCAGAGGUGCCUUUGAGAUUUCAUGAUUAACCUGCAAACGGCAGACGUUUCUCCUCGCUCAUCGCCGCUCAGAGACAUUUUGCGAGGAGGAACGUCUGCGACUCAUCGACAAAAAUUCCAUACUGAUGAUACAAAAUCUGUCCAGAAUCCGGUCAGAAGCGCUAAAUUGGUCAGCGGAGUAGUUUUUCAUUGUUUUAGCUAUUGUUUACGAAUGACAGACAAAAGUCAAAAGGCCUCAAAGGUCAAAUGGAAUCUCUAACAAAGCAGUCACUAUUUGCGGAAUAUAGUCUUCUCCAGAAGUGGCAUUUGAGUUUUUCUGGAGCUCAUUUGCAGAUGAACACAACACUUUACCAAAAUCGACCAGGAGAAACGAAAAAUUGAACAAAUUUGCAUUUGGAACCCCAUCACUACCGGAUUUAUUAUGUAAGCAUUGAUUUAUGUCAUCAGUAUGGAAUUUCUGUCACUGAGUCACAGACGUUCCUCCUCUUGAACCAUCCCUCAGUGAGUGAGGAGAAACGUCUGCCGUUUGCAGGCUAUUUCACGAUCAGAUCAAAAUUUUCUAUGAAUCCUAGUUUCGAUGUUUCAAAGGUAUUUGCCAUUUGCUAUUACUUAAUGAAAAUAAAAUUACAUUACAAGUAAUCUUGUGCCUUUUUUAUUUGAUCAAUACAUAGUAUGUUUUAAUUUUUUUAGCUCGGUGGAAAGCCCAUAAUAGAGUUAUCGUCCUUAGAGGAGAAAUGGAAACACUUGUCACUUCCUAAAGACACUUUGGAUGAGCUUCUGAGGUAAAACUCCAAACAUUUUAUUCUAUUUUUCAAAUUUUAGAUUUCAGGUUGAUUGUACUUUAAUAAUCAGGGUGCAAAGAAAAUCAUAUUUACAGCUUGCCAUUCGGGCAAGCUUUAGCUAGCAUCUACUAGCCCAGACGUCAUUUUAACUAGCCUCAAAAACUUAUUGACUACCAGAAUUGAUUUCACAGUUCUUCUGUUAUUCAAAUUCCUCAAAACACCUCACUUGCCCAUCGGGCGGGUUAAAAACAGAAUUCAGUAACCCAAUAGCAAAAUCCACAAGCCCUGGGCUAUCGGACAGUACUUUCUUUGCAAGCUGAAUAUGCAAAAGUUUUGUCACAAAUCUACUUUAUGGUGAUUUUUGAAUUACGUAAACCCUCCCUAUAUAAUACGCCUUGCGGUACGAUUUCAAGUAGAUUUCUGGAUAUUUUAAUGCACUCUAGAAAUCACUUGUUUUUGUAGUCAGUUUAUUGCAUUUAUUCUUUUCUGGAAUAGAGUCAAUUGAAGUCAUGCCCUAGCCCUUAUAAUAUUAGUUUGUUAGCUUUAUUCCUGACUGUGUAUGUUCUAGUCAAAGGGUCUUCUUCUACUUUGAUUUUCCUAUAAACUGCUCUUAACUGGGGUCAAUGCUGAUGUACAUGUAAUACUUUAAAUGUUUUUCAGAAUGGGAAGUUUCGCUGAGGAACUGAGGUGGCUUCAUUUUUUUGCCCUCGCAUGUAGUGCUAUCAGUGAGGUAUGUGUUGUUGUGGUUCAAUUUUAUCCUUGGUUUAAAGUUUAGUUAGUUUUUAUAGAGAGCGCGAGGGGGGCACGAGCGUCCGCGUAAUUUCUCCCUUCGCCCUGAAAAAACCCGUGCCUGCUACACAGGCUAAAUCUCCCACUGACUCAUUUUAUAGUAAUUUGUUAUUAACCUGUUUAUUAAUCAUCAUAACAAAUUAUCUUGUUAGCUUAUAUUGGAACUUAAGGAACUGAAAUCUUUUAGUGGACGUAGUAUUCUUGACAUAAAAGAACUAUUACAGUCAAACCAGGUCAAGCGUUCCCGUCGCUAACAAACUAAUGAAUUCAUUAAUGGAAAAAUGAUUUCGUUUGUUGAUUCAAUAAUCCAUUCAUAAAAUGAAUAAUCCAACGGUCAAAUUGUACCUCGAUUCAAUAAUCAAAUGUUGAUUUGGUUUAUGAACAAACUCUACCUGUUCUUUAUUCUUGUCUGUUGUGUUCAAUCGUAUUUGCUUCCCUUUUCCUGCCGUUUACGAUUGCGUUUUCCAUUGCCUUUAAUCAAAAUAACAGCUAGAAUAGACAGACCGCAAACGCAAAGAAACUGACAAAGGCCGAGGAUCGAAAUCCACCAAUCACCGCACAUACACUGACCUCAGUUUGACCGUCGUGUUUUCUAAGAGGUCAGGCCUAGGUCUGUUGCACUGACUAUUGGCAGCAAACUGGCGUACAUGUAACAGUUUGUUUGGGUUUGAACUUCAGAACUCGCAAGCACUCGACUCUCAGAAAAAAAAGAGGAAAAAACAAAAUUCUGAGGUCAACUUGUGGAAAGUGUAAUUUUUCAAAAAACAGUAAUCGAAUCAACAUUCGAUUAUGGAAUCGAGGCUAAAUAUGACUAUUGGAUUGUUCAUUUUAUGAAUGGAUUAUUGAAUCAACAAACGAAAUCAUUUUUCCGUGAAUGAAUUCAUUAGUUCGUUAGCGACGGGAACGCUUGACCUGGUUUGACUGUAAAAUGAAUUGUCUCUUGUAGAAUCUGACGUUGGCAAUGAAGACAGUUUGUGAGGUUUUAACAACAGAUCUAGAGGGUGGAGCAGCAAGGAUUCCUUUCUCGCUUUUCAAGGAACUGUUUACUUACUUAGCUGAGAUCGACGGAGAAAUACCCAAAGAACAUGUGGACACAGUUAUCGAACAUCUGAGUUAUGAUGUGUGAGUUAUUUCUAAACGCACUUGACUUCACUUCUUAGCCUGUUUUGCGAGCAACCCUGCCCAAGCUAAGAGCAAAAGUUACCUUUUAGAGUCUGAAAAGUUACAGGUUACCUAAUUUUAAUAUGUUCUUUCAGUUCCUGCUAACAAAAUUUUUCAAAAGCGAACUGUUUUCGCGUUUUUAAUACGGAAAGUUGAUCAACUAAUGCAAAAGGCCUAUUGUAUUUUAUAAAUGCAGAUUUUCAACACACUAAAUUAUCUCCUUUUCAAGAUCUCAGCGUCGGGUUUAUUCUUAUAAUAUUCUUAAAAUUUUGCAAAUUAAUAACCCGUGCGCACGGUGUGAUAAAGCCGAACUCAAGCAAAUGAGUCUGCUCGCAGGCUUCUGUUGCGGCUUGCCUCGAACUAUCAGGAACGAGCAAGUAACAAAGAUAACCCUCUGGUACCAAGGAUACAGUCCACUAAAACACCCUAUAGCCUUUCCACAUCUCAUAAGAUGACGACUAUACGGUAGUUCUCUGUUGUUCCCAUACUGGCGAUCGAAACGGAGGAAACGUUUCGUUUCAGUGACUUUACGAAGCUCUAAAAACUUGUAGUUCGAACAACGCACAAGACGUAAAGUUGCAAAGCCUUUUAAAAACUCCGGCUGUUGUGGCUGAUAUGAAACGCCACGCUUUCUAUGUUGUAUUUCACUUGAAAAAAAAUGGAAAAUGCUUAAUAAUAUGCUUUUUUUUUCAGGGAAAAGCAAGAUGGACAAGUAUCCCCUCGCAACUUUAUGAGUGACAGCUGCCCUCCUCUAUCCCCUAACGAAAACUCAGCGUAGAAUUUUAUAACAACCUGUCUUCUUUUUCCCCUACCGAUCAACUGGCUAGUUCAUUUAUUUGUACAGUGUUUUACAGCCCAACUGUUAUUUUUUACUUCAUCCAUUAAUACAGCAUUACGAACUCUGUGAUGGCUUUUCCUGUUCAGUACAGAAAUUGCGGCUUCUGUUUUAGCGUUAAAAGGUUCAAACACGCAAAGAACGUGUCGCCGACAUACGUUUUAGAAAUCCUCUGUGCUACGUGUAUAUAUGAAAGAACAUUCUUCGCUGAAGCUACAAUGUAGCUCACUACAUUGCGUAAUGGUAUACUACAUUUUUCCGGAGCUUAUCCAAAAUUGUACGAAGUUAGCGGUGAUUCCGAUGACUUAAAAGCCUCAAAAAUACCAACGGCGAUGGUUAAUGCGUGCAACGAACCAGACCGGCAACUAUUCCAUUGUACAUAUACUGAUGUAAUAAAGAUACCUAGCAAUUU